AUGAUAAGUUAAAAAUGGAGUGUUUUAAAAGUAAUAUGCUGGGAAAGUAUGUAAAGCUAAACAAGUGUGAAAAAGUCGGUAUUAUAGAUGAGAUAGCGCAGGCAGCGAAUAAUAAUAGAUUUCUGGUUCUGUUUCCUGAUGGAUCUGCAGAAUAUGUUCUGUGGGAAAAUUUCAGGGUUAUUGUUCACUCAAGUGAAGUGAAGAAUUUUGAAACUGAGAUUAUUAAACCCAGAAUUCUUAUCAAACUAAAUCCUGAAGAUAGCAUUAAGGUUCUCACAAAUAAUAUGUGGACUGACGCAAGGGUAGAAAGUGUUGACUGUAAUAUAUCAACAUUCAGGUUCGAAGAUGGAAGUCGGGAGAAACUAUUCGCAGGGUCUCCCAGAUUGUCCCCUCUAGCCAGUAUUCUGUCAAGUCCUCAACAAAUUGAUCAAAUCACUGGUGGGAAGGAAAAGUUUGGAACUAUUGUUCAAGCAGUGGUCCCGAGGAUCAAACAGAAGAGAUAUGUUCUUCACUCCUGUAGUAGAAGCUGUAUGGUUAAGUUUAUUCCAAAACUUCACAGAAACCAGAAUCCUUUGCUCAUACCACUACGGUUAGGAUGGAUAAGGGAAGCAGCUACAACAUCCUCAAUAGAUCCUGCUGCUACUACUGAUAGUGAAGCUUCCACAGAUAUUGAAGCUAUUAUAGCUUCUGAAGCUUCAACAGCUCCUGCGGCUUCUACAACUUCUGCAGAUGCUUUAGCUUCAGAUUCUCCUGCAUCUCCAGAUUCAACAGAUGCUGCAACUAUUUCAGCUUCUUCAGUAAAUACAGCUACUACAUCUACUAAAUCUAGCUCAGAUAUGAAUAGUAAAUCUUGGACUAUUUUCUACAUUUCACCCUGUGGACUCAGAUUAAGAGAUAUGAAAGAGGUAUCUCUAUAUCUUGAUAUUUGUGAGAGUGAUCUAGAGAUUGAUAGUUUCUGUUUUGAUCCUUGGAUUAAUGUGAGGGAUGAGUUUAGAGUAUGCCCUGGUAAAGUUUACAUCCCGGAUAUAACGCAAGGAAAGGAAAUAAAUCCUGUUCCUUGCAUCAAUACUCUGGAUACAGAGCAACCACCUGAUAUAGAAUACUCGAUGACGGUUCUGCCGAAGAAGAAUGUGAGAAUGAAUACGGCGCCUGAGUUCUUGACCCGGUGUUUGUGCACAGACAACUGCCAAGACAGGAAAACAUGUGCUUGUGCACAGCUGACCGUCAAGGCUACUGCUUUGGAUGGUGAUGAGAAGAUAGUGCUUGAGGAUGCUGGAUAUAUGUACAGGAGACUCCAGGAUGUUCUUAUCACAGGAAUAUAUGAGUGUAAUGAUCAGUGCGCUUGUUCGAGCACUUGUCAUAACCGAGUACAGCAGCAACCAAUAAAAGUGAAGCUUCAAGUUUUUAAAACAGAGAAGAGAGGUUGGGGCAUUCGCGCUCUUCAUGAUAUUCCCCAGGGAAGCUUUAUCAGUAAAUAUGUUGGGAACCUGUUCAGUGCAGAGGAGGCUAAUGAACAGGGGCAUCUUCAUGGAGAUGAUUAUUUCUGUGAACUUGAUCUUAUAGAGAUAGUAGAGAGACAGAAGGAUGGAUAUGAAAGUGACGUAACUGACAUUGAAGAGGAGGAGGAGGAAGCAAAUCAAGAUGAUCCACGAAAAAAGUUUAAAUCUGUUCGGUCAUUUUACAAGGAUGGGGUGGACGUUUACAUUGUCGACGCUCUCAAGGCAGGGAAUAUAGGACGGUAUUUAAAUCAUAGUUGUGAUCCAAAUGUGUUUGUUCAAAAUACCUUUCAGGAAUCUCACGAUCUCAGGUUUCCUAAUAUAGCAUUCUUUACCUGUAAGUUUGUAAAGGCGGGGGAGGAAUUGUGUUGGAACUACAAUUACAAGGUCGGGUCAGUGCCUGGCCGAAGAAUUGAUUGUCAUUGUCAGGCUGCUUCAUGUAAAUUAAGAUUGCUCUAAAUCCCUUAUAUAAAAAUGGAACUUAAAAUUGUUGAAUUUAAAAGACGACAUUCAUAUCGAUUUUUUGAUGACGUCAUACGGCUUUCCUCAAACAAGUUAACAACGCAGGCCGCAGCUGAUUAAUUUAUCAGUUGAAACUUAGUUUAGAAUUCUUAACGAGGGCGUAUUUUUCUAAACCUAAAAGACAUUUGUCUUUAAACCCUAUUAUAUUCUUAUCAGAAAAUUAAAUAUCUCAGUGAUAAUUUGUCGGUCAAAAUAUCAGUCACAUUUUAAAGAUGUAAAUAUGUAAAAUAAAGUUUCUGCAAGGCAGAAUAUGAAUCUUAAGUAUUAUUUAAUAUUGAAAUCUUAUUUCGAUCUUGUUUUAAUGAUACCUAUUCUAUCAUAAUAUGUAAAUCAGUAUUAUAUGUAUGAAUUCUGAAAAUUUUAAAUGCAGAUUUGUACUUUUGAUAAUUCCAGAAAAGUUAGGGAAGAAAAUGCCAAGACUUUUCCUUGGAAACCUCGGACACGAUUGUAGAUCCCGGGAUAUCGAGAAACUAUUCAAGGACUAUGGAACUAUCAGGAAUGUGAACAUCAAGGG